GUAUAUAUGUUAAAAGGUGGCAAUAGCAUGAGGCUCAUAUGAGGAGUUGAGAAAACUCCAAGAACCCACCCAACACACACACACAUCCUUCGAUCUGUCCAAACAGUCGAACAAUCGAUCUUCACCGGAAAAAAAUAUAUAAUCACAAGGAAAAUUGAGAGAGAGACAGAGUGAAUAUAUAUAUGUACGAUCAAAGCAGCAGUAUCGAAGCAGGAUUGAGAUUGAAUAUGGGAUUUCCUCCUCAUGGGUUUAUGUUCCAACAACUCCAUGAAGACAAUGGUCGUCACCUUACUUCUCCUCCCUCCCUCCCCUCUUGCCCUCCUCAGCUCUUCCACGGAGGAGGAGGAGGAAACUACAUGAUGAACAGAUCCAUGUCGUUUUCUUCGGGUGGGGAUCAAACCCAAAAGAGCACGACAAAUGGGCAGGAGGAAGCGGAAGAAGAUCUGUCAGACGAUGGAUCGCAGCUACUGGGAGAGAAGAAGAAGAGGCUGAACUUAGAACAGGUAAGGGCGCUUGAGAAGAGCUUCGAAUUGGGGAACAAGCUCGAGCCCGAGAGGAAGAUGCAGUUGGCGAAGGCAUUAGGGCUUCAGCCGAGACAGGUUGCCAUUUGGUUUCAGAACAGAAGGGCCAGAUGGAAGACCAAGCAGCUCGAGAAAGACUACGAAGCUCUCAAGCAACAGUUCGAGGUCCUUAAAGCCGACAACGAUGCUCUUCAUGCCCAGAACAAGAAACUCAAUGCCGAGUUGGUGGUGCUGAAGAAGAAAGAGCGUAACGAAGGGAGCAGAAGGGGAGGGGGAGGAGGAGAGGCUUCGUGGAGCAACAAUGGAAGCACAGAGAACAACAGUUCGGACAUAAACUUGGAGAUGUCGAGAACACAAGCUGUCAACAUUAUCAAAGAUCUCUUCCCUUCCUCGGCCACUAACCACCAGAUGGUUCAGGAAGAUCAGAGCUUCUGCAACAUGUUCGACGAAACGACGUCGUCCUCGGCUGGUUACUGGGCAUGGCCCGAUCAUCAUCCCCAGCCCCACCACUUCACCUGAUGGAUCUCUUCAUCCCCUUUUCGAUUCUAUUUUCUUUGAUAUUAUCAUGUUACUGCUUUCAAUUGAAUUGGGUUUGUAGAGUAUUGGUGUAUAGGGGACACUCAACACAUCAUUUAGUAUGAUACUUUAUUGGUAUUUCUCAAUAAAAAAAUAUUUUAUUUUUCUCACAACAAACACC